CAGCGCCAAUGGCAGCAAAACAUAACUGUUACAGGCGAGGAGGAUGACAGCAACAAGGAUUACAUAAUUUAAUUUUGCCUGCUUACAUAGGUGAAGACCCCAUUACUUUGGCCCUACACAAGGAGCCUGUAGUGCUGAAGUCCAACACUGAGUAUGAUUCCCUGGUUGCGGUGGAGGUGAGGAAGCAUGGGGUGGAAAUCUGAGGUGUCAGGACAGACGUGAUGACAGCAUGGUCCAUGGUGGAGAAGCUCAAAAUGGAAAAACGCCCAUGCAGGGAGGACAACAUUGACUCAAGCGAGGCCCAGCAUGCCACUGACGAGUCUGAGGAUGGAAGCAGCUCAGAAAGCGAAUCGGAAGAGCAGCAAGCCCAGAGGGUUCAGGUGAACAGCAGCAGCUGUAAGAAAAGGGAGCCCUUGGCUGUCACAAAACCCCACCGACAGCUCUGUCGCUCUCCAUGCCUGGACCGGCCCAGUUUUUCCCAGAGUAGCACUGUGCAGGAUUUUGUGCAGGAUGAGACCAGCGCACUACCGGGGAUCAAACCUGCCAGUGAGAGAGAGUACCAGACCAAGAUGGACUUCGCUUUGAAGUUGGGCUAUUCAGGGGAGCAGGUGGAGACGGUGCUCCACAAGUUGGGGGCUGCUGCACUUAUUAACGACGUUCUUGCUGAGUUAGUGCGACUUGGAAACAAAGUAGAGCCCGAAAUUCAACCCUGCAGCAGCACGGCCACGUCGAUAUCACGGUCGCCCUGUGUUAAAGAGACUGUUAGCCCUGAAGUGUCAGUGGAAGAUGAACCUGUGGAUACCUUUGAUAACCUCAGGCCCAUCGUCAUUGAUGGCUCAAACGUGGCAAUGAGCCAUGGAAACAAAGAGGUAUUCUCUUGCCGCGGUAUCCAGCUUGCUGUUGAAUGGUUUCUGGAAAAAGGACACAAAGACAUCACUGUGUUUGUCCCUGCCUGGAGAAAGGAGCAGUCAAGACCUGAUGCCCUCAUCACAGAUCAAGAAAUAUUACGCAAGCUGGAGAAAGAGAAGAUCCUGGUUUUCACCCCAUCUCGCAGAGUCCAAGGCAGGAGAGUGGUGUGCUACGAUGAUCGCUUCAUAGUGAAGCUGGCUUAUGAUUCUGAUGGAAUUAUUGUGUCAAAUGACAACUACAGGGACUUGCAAAAUGAGAAGCCAGAAUGGAAGAAGUUUAUCGAAGAACGUCUCCUGAUGUACUCAUUUGUCAAUGACAAGUUUAUGCCGCCUGAUGAUCCUUUGGGGAGACAUGGGCCAAGCUUAGAAAAUUUUCUCAGAAAGCGGCCUGUUGUUCCAGAGCACAAAAAACAACCUUGCCCCUAUGGGAAAAAGUGCACAUAUGGACAUAAGUGCAAGUACUAUCAUCCAGAACGUGUCAACCAGCCACAGCGGUCCGUGGCAGAUGAACUGCGGGCCUUUGCCAAAUUGUCUGCAGUGAAAACGAUGAGCGAGGGGGCUUUAGCUAAAUGUGGUACCGGUCCAGCAACUGUAAAAGGGGACAGCAACUCUGAGGCCAAGCGUGUGGCACCCAAACGUCAGUCUGACCCCAGCAUUCGCUCAGUGGCCUGUGAACCUCCAGAGGCACUGUCCGUUGUUAGGAAGUCUGAGACAAAUUCAGUGCCUUCCCUCGUGUCUGCUCUCAGUGUGCCCACCAUGCAGCCUGCCAAGAGCCACGCAGCUGGGGCCUUGAACACACGAUCAGCCAGCAGCCCAGUUCCAGGUUCUUUGCAGUUCUCUCACAGUUCCUUGGAGCACAUGUCUAGUGUACAGUACCCUCCUAUUUUAGUUACCAAUAGUCAUGGCGCCUCUGUAACAUACAGUGAACAGUUCCCAAAGUAUGACUCAGUUAGCGACCAUGGAUAUUAUUCACUGCACAGUGAUUUUUCAAAUAUGAGCAUGAGCAGCAUGCAUAAUGUCGACAGUUUCUGUAGCAUGGAGCACGAGCAUGUGUAUCAGAGAAAUCCCAGCCACUGCCCUGAAUCCUGCCUCAGCCAUUCAAACAGUGACUCGUUCUCCUCUUAUGGGGACCUGUACCCAAGCUCUGUGGACAGUAGCUUAGAGGAGAGCAUGAAGGGGCAGCAGCAGUCUCCUGCACAGGGGAGGAUGCAAGCUUUCUCCCAUGGGUUUCGUCAUGAAGCGCUGACUAGGGUACAGAGUUACGGACCGGAGGAGCCCAAACAAGGCCCCCGUAAGCAGUCUGGAUCUCAUCUAGCACCACAUAUCCAGCAUGCUGCAGUGGGAGCCAGGUCCAGCUGUCCUGGAGACUAUCCCCUAACUCAGAAUGUCCUCCCGCCUUUGUCCUCACAACCCACACGGUCUCUAGGUAUGACUCGUAUGGACAGCAUAUCGGAUUCAAGGCUGUACGAUAGCAACCCAAUGAGACAGAGGCGACCUCCACUGUGCCGUGAGCAGCAUGCAAGCUGGGACCCUCUGCCUUGUGGUAAUGAGUCCUAUGGAUACCAUUCAUAUCCACUGAGUAACAGCCUGAUGCCAUGUUGUGAGCGGGUGAUGGUCCGCAGCAUGCCAGACAAAAUGGAACAAAUCUGGAGCUCACCAUGGGAGACCCAGUCUGCAGCGGAACACCAAGAGCGGUAUGUUAUCCCAGACCACCAGUAUCAAACAUAUAGGAACCUUUGUAACAUCUUUCCUGCUUACAUAGUCCACUCGGUAAUGGAGAAGAACCCUCAUCUGACAGACCCACAACAACUUGCCGCUGUCAUUGUCACAAAACUGAGGUCAUGCCACUGAGCAGUUACUCUUAUGAAACAUUCAAGAGUGAUGCGAUGGAGGAAAAAAAAAAACAAAACAGGAUUUUGAUUGCAAAGAUAGGCACUUGUUAAAUGUUGCUGCAUGUGCAACAUCUGCCCUCAGGAGUUAAUCAUUUCAAAUGUCUCUGGUGGUAAGUCUGGCAACAGAUUUUGCACUGCUAAGAUGACAGAUGUAAUCAGCAUAGAGAGAGUUUUUAUAUGAAGUGUAGUGUAGUUGAUGUAAGGUAACACCUUAUUAGAAAUCUGCUUCAUAACACAUUCAUAGUACCUGAGCAGGAGCAGCACAGCAGUAUUUGUUCAACAUGACCGCGAAGUCUGAAAGUCAGAUAAAAUGUUCUGUCAGCAGUUGGCAGGACAGUAAAAUUCUAAAUAGAUUCCUGCUCUAAAGAUAGAUAUACAUGGAGCCCUGGAGUGUUCAAUAUUAAAUAAAUUAUCACGAGUACAAUUUGUUAAAUAUAUGAACAAAAUAAUGUCCCUUUAUAUGUCACACUGUCACUUUUCAGGACAGGGCUGUCGCUACCCUCCUGCUCAUCUUAAACUAAAUAAACUCAACAGCUGCUGCCAGAAUUGUCUCGUUAGUUCCUGGUAACUAAAGCAACACUGUCAAAGUCAGUAAAACGUAUCUAGCUAGCUGCUACUGUUAAGUAAUUGUAGUACACAGACAAAGAAAUUAACAUUCCCUUUUAUUUUUUAUUAGGUAUAAAGAUAAGCUACGUACAUAGCUGGUUAACGUGGUUGUACGCAUGGUUUAUUACGAAGCACUUAAGUGAAGAGUUUUUUGUUUUUGAAAAAAAUUAAUUUGUUGUUUAAUCCAGAUAAUAUUAGCUAAUAAGGUUUAGCUGCUGUGUCUGUGUACGAUGUUUGUUUAUGGAAAGGCGUUCUCCAGUUUGGUUAUGUUGACUUUGUUGCUGCUUUAAUUAACAGUUGCUAAUGGGCUACAUUUGGCAUUGGCUGUUAAAACUGCAAGCUGAAAGUAGGAACAUGGUGACGAUAUCAAUGUCAUGAAAAGCGACACUAUGAAAUAAAGUCAUUGUGAAAUAAAAGAUGACAUUAAAUAAGUUUCACUGGCAAAACGCUAUUCACUAGUGAAGACAUUUGAGUGAAAGCUGUUUUUACUAUAGGAAUGAAGAAACAACAUUUUGUAGUGAGUAUUAAGCCUCUGAACCUCAAAACCUACCAGCUGAGUAGAGAGACUUUGGAAAAUCCCCAGGAGAGGUGAACAUUCCUUCAACCAAUCAUCUGUCAAGUGCCACUGGUACCCAAAUCUAAGCUUAAUAUCAUACAGUUUCAUCAACAUUGCAUUAUUCUGCUUGAUUAAUUUACGAAUUUACCAAAAAAUACAAUGUUUGCUCUAAUUAUUUAACUAAUUAAAAAGAAAGUGUUCCUCCUCGGUGCAACUGUGACGCGUUCGCUGACUCUGCUGUGGCCAGCAGUCAAAGACAGUUCAAGGGGAAAAAAAAGAAAUUUCGGAUAGGAGACAAAUGUGGAAACAAAUUAAAUAUGUGAGUUAUAAAAUAUGUACAGUGUGAAGAGCACUUGGAAACAUGUUGGACAUGUUAUUUUCCUUUUUUUAAUUUAAGUUUAUAGAAACUAAAUCAAAGAAAUUCCACUUUAAGUUUUUUAGGAAUGAUUUAUGACACUGUAACUUUGUCAUACUGCACAAAAGACAUUUUUGAAUUCUCUCUGCUUCUAGCUAAGGCUGUGCUGUGUUUAUAGAGAUGCAGCGCUUUAUAAUUCAGUGAAAAUAAGUUCACAGUGAGUAAAAAUGUCCAGAAAGUGCUUAGGGGUUUAGAGGCUUUAAUAAUUACUGAAUAUUCACAAAUUUCUGAUUCAUUUUACACAGUUUGUUCAUUUAUUUCACAGUCUAUUCUAUUUAUUAAUAUUGAUUACAGGUGGGUUUCGGUGGCCAAGUGUUUACGCAUCAUCACAACUUGAGCCUGACUUGAAUCCGAACUGUAUCCUGUUCAAUGUAGCUUCUCAGUCUAUUGCCGAACCAGUGGGAGUCAAUGAGAACUAAGCGAAUAAAUAAACGAGUUAGCUACAUGGCAACACAGUCAACAUAGGAAGUAAUUACUCAGCAACAUCCCCCACAUUUGCCUUAUUAGAUUUGACAUAAAGACACGUCAACAUUUGUACAGCAUGUAGCUCUUAUGAAGAUCUUGUUUAGGCCCUGUGAAUGUGUUAUGAAAGGCAUCUAAAGUGUUUCUGGUGCAGUGGAACUAUAAAUAACCUUGCUUAGGUCUGCCUCUGCUGUAAAUAAUUCCUGUGAUAUAUUUUUCUUUUUUGUGCAUUUAUUUUGAAGAUGAGUAAGAGGGAGGUAGGUAUAUACCUCACAGCAUGAACUAUGACAUUUUAUGGCCUUAUAUCUGAAUGACCUCACGCUUUAGUCAUUGUCUGAUUGGUUUCAGUGAAAGUCUUUGUCAUUGAAGCCUCCUACUUUUAAAUGUAAAGCACUAUCUCAGUAUCUAAAGAGAUAUAUUUUCUCAGCCUCACUUAACAAAGCUACUAUUUUGGUAGAAUUUGACAGUGCACAAAGCAAGCCAAAAAAGAGAUUUGACUUGCAUACACGUGCACAUAUUUAUGUACAUAUAUUCAUACAAAAGCCAUUAUUUCAAAGUCAUUUAUAAGCUGCUAAAUAAUGCCAAAAAAUACAGAAUUUCUAUAGUUUCAGUAUUCUACAUAACUUUACAUUUUGGUUCACAGGAUCAAUUGGAUUAUAAUAUAAAGGAACAUCCGUGUUUGAAUAAUUUCCUAUGGUGUACUGUAUAGUUACAUUUCUGAUUUUAUGGGAUGCUACAUCCAGGAUUUUCCUAUUUAUAUAUUUGUCAGAUCUGUUGUGCUGAUUCUUUUCAAUGUGAAAGUAUUCAAAGUAUCUUUGUUUCAAACAGUAGCUCUAAUGGACAAGUUGUCAGUGGAGCAGUUUGUUUUCAGGUGCAGGUUAAUUUAGUUUCAGACUACUUUUACAUGCACUUAAGUAGUCUGACGAUUUACCAGCUCUCGCCAUUAACCUGAUUCCUGACCCAUAAAUGAGAAACAUGGUCUCCUUCCAUCAGUUUACGGCACUAAGUGCUCAUGUGUGUGACAGAAACAGAGGACACGGAAGGUAUCACCUCUGUGGUUUCUAGCAGAAAGGCAAUACUGGGACAUAGAAGGUCAUUACAUCCAAAGUCCAGUCUGUGGUGGACAAACCUGUUGAUAUAGGCAGUCUGUUACCAAAACUGCACAAGUUAAAAACAAAACACGCACAUAGUAAAACAUGCUGCCCUAUGAUAGAGCCCAUCCCCUCACGUGUCCAUUAUCCCAAAUGCUUCAAUCAAAAAAAUGUCAACGUGCCAGCGCCCUUCUAUUCACCAAGUUUCUUACGCAAUGCAUUCGAUCCACUUACGAUGUUUCAAACUGUGGAGGAGCGACGAGUCAUCCAGUUUCAUGCCUUAACCCGAUUUCUGACAGUUAACUGGUUUCUUACGUGCAUGUAAAUGUGGUGAAACUUUGAGAAUCCAUUCUCCGAGCUGUGACGUGACUUAAGUAGGGACGAGUGGUAGAAAUGUACUAUUAGAGACGGAAACAGUGUUUACCGUCACAGUUCAAUGUUUGCACAAGGAAUUCUUGCAACAGACUGAAUAUUUGCCUGAUGUUACGUUUGUCAGAUAGCUAAAGGAAUCUGGCUGUAACAGUUAGGAUUGGUAGUGAGUUAAAUAUUGUGGUAUCUUGUAGAGAUUUAGGUUUCAAUAACUGUAUAAUAAAAACACAACUUAAGUUUAAGUGAAUGCUAGAAAGCAUGUUGGAGAUGAAAUUUCCUGUAUGGCUUUUUAUGGGAGGUCGAACUGCUUAAAUACACAUGUAAAAUACGCGAAACAUGCAGCCAAGCUCCAAGGAUCAUGGAAGGGUUUGGCUGUGCCUUGCAGCACAUCGCUCUCAGGAUGCUUUCAGUUUUCUAAUUUUAAGUUUUUUUUCUUCCUGCCAAAAAAACCCGUGGUUACUGGCAGGAGUGUACUCUGAUCUAGUAGUGAUAUAUUUUGUGAACAUCCUACAUGUAACAUGUAGUACCUUAAAGUUAGUCAUGUACAGUUGAACCAUGGAGAUGGCAUUGCAAAACUUUGUACUUUUUGUGUAUAUCCUCUUUAUGCACCUCGAGAUCUAGAACAACGAGCUGAAGGGUGGAUUUAUGUGGUGCAGCUUCACUCAGAUGACGUAAUGCUGCUUGUCCACGAGGGUGUCCAUGUAGCCAAAGACAAACAUGACAAUUAGUAUGACGAUUGUUGGUAAAUAAUGAACCAAUAAUCCUGAUCGGGCCUUUAAAUUGUUCCCAUUAGUAAGCCCAAAGGUGCUAAUUUUGGGUGCUAACCAUGAAGUUGGGUGCGGCCCUCAGGUCCUCAAAUCAAACCUAUCAGUUAUUCCCAAAACGUAUUUCCUAAUGGGGGCACAUCACCAUCAGUUUUGCUCAACACAUUCAUGCUGUCAUUAGGAUUAACGCCCCUGUUUCUCGUGAUUAUUUGCCUUUUUUUUCUUUCUACUUCCACCCUUGGGAUGAAGUGCUGCAUGAAACAUUCAGCCUUCAUUUACAGCGAGGUUGCACCAUGUAAAGCCAGCCCGUUUAGCAGGACCAUGUUUGAGUGCAUUUAAAGGGAAAUGCCACUUAUUUUCAGGAUUCAGGAGUGGUACCACUAAGCCUGCUAUUAAAUUGCAUGACUAAGCAUUACAGAUUUACAGUAUGCUAUCACGAGUUUCCCCCCUUACUGUUUAUUGUCAGAUUUGUAAAGCAAAAAAAAAAAAAAGAAAGAAAAAAUUGUGAUUGAAAUAACAAAAAUGCAUUUGUGUAAAGUUUAUUGCUUGGGAAUUGUAUUUCCUUAACUAAUUAAAAAACAUUUGAUGUGGAGCUCAAAAGCAAAAUACACAAAGUUCCCAUUUACAGUCUAUGAAGCAGCAUCAAAGUGAUGAUUAUAAAGAAACAUUGUGAGAAUUUUUAAAGUGAGUGGUAUUACUCUUUAACAGGGCUAAUUCUGUCAGCCUGACUGUGUCUCAGUGGUGGUGCUUUCAAAAAUAUAUAUUUCUUUAUAAUGUUUAGGUACAACAGUGGUAUACGAACAGACAUAAAGAAAAAAAAAAACUGUUGAAUGUGUUUUGCCCAAAUGAAUUUUGGGCGUCGCUGACUUUGUUUUUUCAUGAAAAAAGACGAGGCCACUUUAGGCUGGCUGUCUGUUCAUGAGAAGGUGAAACAAACUGCCUAAAUGUUUCUUCAUGUGAAACAAUCAGAUUGCAAGGCUGCUGUCAAGGUUGUUUCUGGCAUUUGGCUAAAAGUUUGCGUGCCAUCCUUUUUCCUUGAAAUAGUUGAAAUCAGUUCCCCAAAAAAUGUGCUCUCAGUGUAAAGACUGAAAUGCUGCAUGCUGUCACUGAUAAAAGAAAAAAAAAACUGCUCUAAAAUUGUAAAAAAAAAAAAAAAAAAAAUCACCAUGGCUGCUGACAGUGAGAGCAACGAGAGAUCACUAUUUUUGUAUUUUUUUUAAAUGUAUUUAUUAACCUAUUAUUUGUUUUUUAGUGAUAAUGAAAGCCUUCUUUAACCUGAACACUAGAAUAGUCUAUUGCCCAAUGACUAAAGAGUAUACGUACUUUGGUGUGUAAGGAAUUAAUAACUGUAAUGUAGGACAUGACAGAAAUCUGCUGAAAUAAAAAUGUUUUCGUAUUUAUUGAGGGAACUAUUAAAGAAAUGUUAUUUUCAGCAUUGAUAGGUAAACCGGUGGGCAUGUUGAGUGCUUCACUUUGACAUCUAUGGCAGCUAAAGCAGUUUAUGAAGAAACUAACUUUGUGCAGCUAUAAUUGGAAUCCUGGUCUGUCAUUUGCAGUACAUUAAAUUAAUGUUGAAUCUGUUUAAAUUCAAAUAAAUCUUGUUAGUGUCCUUGAAAUGCAGUUAUUUUAUGGUUUCAGAAAGAUACACACACAAGUUAAUUUUCACUACUGGUUUUGCUCACGAGCUCGUAAGUUACUAUGUGGGGCACGGUGCCACGUUGCUGUCCCAUCACUCUCAUUAGAUAAAAUGUGCUCAUGAACAGUACGGGCUCAACAAAGUUCCAUCUGGACUUUUCUUUGUCCUUGUAGAGAGAUCUAAAUUUUGUUCUUGUUUCUAAGACAGCUUUCAAAAAGAUACUGUUUUCGCUGGGCAAUAGACUGCUUCCAGGACAAAAAUAAAAACCCUCACUAUCACUACAGAAGACUUUCAAAGUACCAGUCCAGUAUUUUGCUGCUUUGCGAGGAGGUUACACUAAAAGGCUACAACGGUGGUUCAUCGUCCCCUCCCUUCCUUUCUAAGUGCCGCAAACAACUAAGCCACAAAUGUCUAGAAUUGACUUUUGCUUGUUGAUACAAAUUGUAUCUAUACCUUGAAUGUAACAAAAUAUGAAAUGUAUAAUAUGAAAAUAGUUUUAUUUAAAUAACGGGGAAAAAAAAUCAAUGCCAUAAUGUUUGUGACACUGUGUGUCACUGGGAGUAGCCCAUUGGUAUGUACUAAUUCUUACUGGGUACAGUAGUUAAUUUACAGGGACAUUUACGUGCUACCUAAAAGUGCACAGAUACCCUGUGUACAGCAGUAAGCAUCAUGUCCUCUCUGUACAUAGUCACACGUGUGUGUGUAUAUAUAGAAAGCGAUCUGUAAAUGUAACAGUUACUUAAGUUGUUCAAAUACUUCAGAUAAUUUCUGUGUUGUAAUCUGUGCACCUUGGUUAAGUGCAUCUAUUUCCUCUGAACUGACAUGUCUGCUUUAUGCUAUUUUAAUGGGAAUUUCAAUAUUUUUGGAUAUAUUUUGCCUAAUAAAACAUGCCAAAGUUAUUCUUGGGUGACUUUGUCAAAAAUAAUUUCUUGAGGUUCAGCACAUGGGUUGUCAUGCAAUGAAUUCUAUAUUUCCGAGGACAAAGGGUUUCUGUUCCACACGCUGUGAGCGAAGAGAAACGAGCACCAAACGCAAAUCAGCGUCAAGCGUGGCGGGUAAAAACGGUUAAAAGCAUAUCUAUAAAUUGCAGCUUAUUGUCAGCUGCAUACUGACCCUGGAUGGUGAAUUUAGUGUCAGUUAUUACUCAGAUUUGUGUUUGAUGUUUGUUGCUCUUUCGAUAUACAGAUGCUUUUUAAAAUGGGAGUUUAAUGGAGUGUCUGACCGUUGAUUUAAUGACUAACCCUCCAUGUCGACAAAGCAGAAGUGUAUUGAAAUGAUGUGAUUUAUUUUACUAUUGAAUUAUUCACCAAUUGUAAUUGAGUAAUUUUGGUCUCUGAGGCCAGUUUGCAUUAAAUUAUCGCUAUUUCCAAGGUGUUAAGGACGAUAUUGUCGAUAUUAUAUUCACCUAAGUUCAGUUGUUGUUGGCUAAGAUCAAGACCAAAGUGAUUUUUGAUGUAUACACAUUGCAUACUUGUUAUGAUAAUCGGUUCAAACAGUUGUGAACCUCGUGAUGUCUUGCAGUUUGUGCUACCAUAUAAAAUCGCUGGUGUACAAAUGCCAUGACAGGAGGCCCGUGCAUUUAAACAGGACUGUACAUACACAGUAUACAGUGUAAUACUCAGGUUAAGUCACACAAACAUUUUAAAUCACAAGCAGACUUGGUUGUUUUCUAAUAUUGAGAAAUUCCGUGGGCACCUUUCUGAAGUAAGUGUAGAUCUCCUGUUUAAAUAGACCACUGUGUCUGCAAUGUAAAAAGGGAAAUAUAAAGCAAGUUUUUUUUGUGUUGUGAUGAUCUGCAGUAUUGUAAUUCACACUGACUGGAAAGCAUUGCUUUUAUAGACCAAAAUAUACAAAAAUAGACUAUUUGGGUCUGUGGGCUCAAACAAAAUGUAAGUCUUAAUGACAAACUGUGUUUCUCUCCAUAAUAAAGCAAAGUUCUGUUCAAA